AUGGACGACGAGGACUUUGGCGAGGACGUACUCGUGACGACGCGCGCAGGCGACGUCCACAUCAAAGAAGAAGCCAAGACAGAGGACUCUCGAGCGACGUGGGAAGUCAGUGCCGAGGCGUCGGUCAAAGUCGAGCCGCCGAAGAACGAGCCGGAGCAAGACGAGGACGAAGAGCUCUACGGCGGCGUCUCGAUCCAAUUGAACGCGUCGGCCACGUCCCAAGCCGCAAAAGCGUCCGCCGCAGCGUUGAGCGGUAACCACACUGCAAAAGAUGGAGACGCGGCGUCCAAGUCGAACGAAGACGCGCCGGUCGCGGUCAAAAAUGAAGACGACGACGACGACGACGACGAAGAUGAAGACGUGGCGAUUGUGCUAAGUACGGACCACGCAGGCAGCAAACCCACGCUGCGGUUCACAGGAGGCGGGAACCGCUACGUACGGGGCAGCUUUGGCAGCUCGCAACAUGGUGGCGCUGGCGCUGCAGGGACUGGCAGUGGGACGAGCGCACAGGCGGGUGAGUCCGGUGCAGGGGCGACCGACGGCGUGGACGAUAUGGCCAUGUUUGGUGGUCGCCGCACGGCUUUUGACGUGGACAUUGACCUGUUGGAGGACCGGCCGUGGCGCAAACCUGGCGUGGAUAUCUCGGAUUACUUUAAUUACGGCUUUGAUGAGCACAGCUGGAGAGAGUAUGCUGCGAAACAGCUGAAACUGAGACGCGACUUGGCAGUCGAGAGGUCGAGAGAACAGGCUUCACGACAGGCUGUGAGUGCCGCAAAUCAGCAGCAAACGAUCCGUGACCGGGAUGCGAAAAUGCAAGGACGCGGAGGAGAAAUGCCUGGUCGUGGAUUCCUUGAGUCGAUGAAGGGCGAAGGCAGAGACGACCCGAAUGCAGGUGCUCGAGUGGCUGAUUGGGGCGCUGAUGGGAUUCCUCCAAUGAGUGGAGCACCGCCCCGAGGAGCUUCGGGCGGAUUCAUGGGAGGACAACCGCCGAGGGGAUGGCACCCUGGAAUGGGGCCCCCGCCAAGCUUUAUGGGUCACCAGGCCUGGAAUGGGCCUCCCAUGGGAGCACCGUGGAACUCUGGACCGGGAAGAGGACCUCCCUGGAUGGGUGGACCUGGCGGCGGUAGAGGCCGCGGUAGUGGUGGUGGUCGGGGCGGCUUUGACGGUCGGAUGCGUAAUGGGAAAGAUGAACGAGACGACAGAUCGAUCGCGAGAAGAGAGGCAAGUCGCGAUCGAUCUAGACCUCGCGACCGUCCGCACCGAGAUGGUUCGCGGAGCAGUGGGCGUCGAGAUGGAAAUGAAGGCAAAGGUGAUAAUGAGAAGGACCAAAAACGUGACAAAGACCAAGAUCGAGAGCACGUCGUGACGGUGGCCGUAACAGAGACCGUGACAGCGGCAAAGAUCGUGAUACUGGCCGAGACCGCGAUAGUGGUCGAGACGCUGGCAACAGUCGCGAUCGUGGUAUUGCCCGAGACCGUGGUAGUGGCCGCGGUCGGGAUGGUCCUCGCGAUCGCGAUGGUGGGCGAGACCGUGGUAAUGGCCGAGAUCGUGAUGGUGGCCGUGGCCGAAAUAGCGGCCCUGAUCGUGAUCGCGAAGGCCGCCCUCGGGAACGCGAACGUAGUGGAGGAGGUGAAGCUGGUGGAGUAG